AUGGAAGAACUUCGUCUCUCUAUUCUCUGGAUUCUCUUCGCCCAACGACCAUUGGAGCCUGAAGAGUACUAUCACGCUCUUUGGUCUGAUUUAUCACCGGAGGAUCUGGCGAGUCUCGAGACGCGGAAACUCAACGUUUCAGAAGCAAAUGGUCUCUUCGAAAGAUAUGUCACAAGCUCUUCCAAGGGUUUGGCGGAAACAACCCAGUCUAAGAAGCCUACUGUGCAAUUCAUCCACGAGUCUGUGCGAGAUUUCCUCAUCAGAGAUAAAGGUCUCCAUGAAUUAUGGCCAGAUUUGGGACAAGACUGGGAAAGCCAAAGCCAUGAUAGACUCAAGUCGUGCUGUAACGCAUACAUCCUACGCCAACAAGCAGAGGGACCCAAGUGUACAUCAAACAGCCGAAAGUACAUGGUGAAAAAGUACCCGCUUCUAGAGUACGCCAGCCUAUUUGUUCUAAACCACGCCAAUGCUGCUGCCGAUGCAAUUCCGCAGUUACAGUUUCUGGACGACUUUCAUACGCCUGGCUGGAUUCAUAGUUACAACACCGUUGAGAGAGUCAGCACGCGAAAAUACGGCCAGGAUGUAGACAUUCUUUACAUACUUGCUGACAGAGGGCUUUCUCGCCUCAUUCGUGCAAGGCUUAUAGAUCAUCCCGAUAUCAACAUCGAAGGAGGGAGAUUUAGAUAUCCGCUCCUUGCUGCCAUAGCUAAACGCGACAAAGCGAGCAUAGUAGCUCUUUUGGGCGUAUCUUCGGAAAUCCACGAUGGCACUGACAUUACGGAUGAUCUUGAUUGUAAAUUGGAGACGAUACUGAACAACCACACUCCUUUGUCAUGGGCGUGUGAAAAAGGGAACCUCACCAUAGCCAAGUUACUCUCACAAAAAGGUGUUCACAUAGAUGAGACAAGCGGAGAAAGCCGGAGAUGCUUGGUAGGGGCUAUGGACAAUGGCCAUGUCGAGGUGGUAAGGUGGUUGGUCGAUGAGGGUGCACCCGUCGAAACCAAAGACAGUCUAGGCCACACGCUAUUAGAUUGGAGCUCUGCGAGAGGUGUUGUAGAUAUAUCGCAGAAGCUACUUGAUCGAGGAGCGAAGGUUGAUCUGAAUGGGACUGACCAAUCACUGUUGUUGGCAAUUGCAAAAUAUGGAAGGGAAGAUUCCUUGCAGCUGCUACUAAAUCAAGGGAUGAAGAUAGAAUCUAGAGAUGAAUCUGGCCGCACGCCACUCAUGCUGGCAGUUGAACGGGGACAUGUUGCUAUGGUGCAGCUCUUGCUUGAGAGAGGGGCGUGCAUCAACACUCCAGACUCCUACCGGGAAAGGCCGAUUUUUAUGGCUGUAUAUAAUCGUGCAGUUGCUGAUCAAUGGGGGAGCUGUCGUUGGUUCUGA